AUUCGAAUCUUGACUGUGUACCCGUCAGCUAAAGAAGAUGCAACGCUUGAAGCCAGCCUGUACGUAGCCGACCUCAAGCCCCUAUCACCAUCCUACGAAGCACUGUCAUACGUAUGGGGAGAUUCGUUAGAGGCCACUUCCUUGCUAAUUCAAGGAUAUCAUCUCCCAAUAACGGACAACUCGUUCAGCGCUCUACGUCGAAUACAGCAUCAAUAUAAUCUCCGAGAUCUGUGGGUGGAUGCUGUCUGCACCGAUCAGUCAAGCUCAAGCGACAAGAACGAUCAGGUCAACCGCAUGUAUCAGAUUUACUCGCGGGCCAAGAAUACGAUCAUUUGCCUUGGUGAGUUGGAUGAUGACACCGACCGCGCGAUGGACCGUAUAGAGGGCAUGGGAGGAGGAGAGAAUAGUUAUCUUUAUGAUUAUGCGCCAAACGAGGAAGAGAUGCGUCGGAUCAAGACGGUCUUGGAGAGGCCAUGGUGGAGUCGUGUGUGGACAAUGCAGGGAAGUCUGGUGUUCGCAAGCGGUCUGUUGCAGUGUUUGCCAGCGGUCCGUUGCAGUAUUUGCUACCGGUCCGCUGCACUGAUUGUCCAGCUCAUUCGGUUAGCUCGGGUUUGCUUCCAUACCCGUUGACGGCUAUUCCCUUCUACUAUAUAGUCCCGAUCGAUCCUUGCCAUAGCUCAAAAAGAUCAAUCAAUACUCUCAACCCUUCCACA